UUAAAGUUGCUGAAUUAUCCUCAUUUUCUUUGCGUCCGCUCCAUCUCUCGAAGGUUCCUCUGAAUCUUCAAACCCUAGUUUCUGAUUUGAAGCCGGAAUUGCAGUCUUCAGAGGGUGUCAUUUUCAUGGUUAGAUGGUCAUUCUGCAUUCGGCUUUGAUCAUGUGUCCUUUUUGAUGCGCACACAUAACCGUGGAGAUUUUUAUUUCUGUUAAAAAGAGGGACUCUGAAUUUUUUUUUCUCAGGGAGGUAGUUUUCACCUCUGCUUCCUGACAUUUAUCGGAUAGGGGAUUCAAGGGAGAUACUUCAAAUGAAGGGGAACUGCAAUAAGUACUUGAAGAAGCUGUUCAGCCGAGGUAUUGAAGAUUUGCAUGAUGAUGAUUUUGAGGGUUCAAGGGACGAGGAUUGCAUUUUUAGAGAGGUGUUCUUUGGGCAUGAAAGGGGUAGAAGUAGCAAAAAGUGCCUUGUAACUGGAGCAAUCAAUUUUGAAAAUGAAAAUGAGAAGCCUAAGGAUGUAUCAUUUGGUUCUAAUAGUGACAAUUCAGUCUUGACAAAUCACAUGGAUUUUCAGAAUAUGAAAGAGGAUGUUGGACCGGGUAGCCUCUCUGAAGAGUUUACCAUAUUGGCGAGGAAUGACCCUGAUGUUGAAGUUAAGAGAAGGAAGGUGUUGCUUGAAGAACAUUUGGAUGCUAAACCUUAUUUAGAAAAGGUUGUUAAUUCUUCAAUUCCAUCAAAGGAAGUUGAUUCUUGUAUAUUCCAACCAGCUGCAAUUGUAGCUUGUCGCUUGGUUGAAUCAUCCAGUCAAGGUUUUAAGUCCAGUAGCUAUCUGCUAAAGGGAGCUGUUGGAGACAUUGGGGACAAGGAUGCUUCAAAGUGUAGAUUGUCUAGCUCUGACACAAAUGAUCAGAAAGGAAAUGAUGUAAGUGCUGCUAUUGCAUCACCUGUUUCUCAGGAGAGCCAUGUUAGCAAGCUUUUAGUUAGCAGGCCUGAACCCAUUCAAUGUUCCAGGCGGAAAUGGAAAGAGUCGUCAUUUGUGGAACUUGAUGAAGAAGAAAGUUUAGCUCCCCCUAAAGAGUCUACUACAGAUCCUAAACCUAUUUUGCGUUAUCACCUCCAUCGCUUACUUAGAGCAGCAAAAUGGGUUAUAGGGAGGCGUAACAGAAUCACACACUGUAAAGGGCAUGGAGAGUAUGUCUUUAAAUCUCCUGAAGGAAGGCCAAUUAGGGAAUUCCAUAGAGCUUGGAACAUGUGCGGUCAGAAACUAUUUGCAGAUGCAAAUUAUGUUGUUGAUGAUAGUGAUGGGAUACAUUGGACCAAUUUGACGCAGUUCCAGUCUGAUCUUUCUAAUACUUUGAUAGAGAUUGAAGAGCAACUGAGAAAUUUGGAAGCUGCCACUGCCUUGGCUCAUUGGUGGUAUUUGCUUGAUCCUUUUGCAAAAGUGGUGUUUAUUGACAAGAGCCUGCGCUUCCUCAAAGAAGGGAACCAGGUAAAAACAAAGAGAAGUGUUGUGGAUGGUUUCUAUUUGAGUGAUGCUGCUGCCUUGCAUUCAAGAAAUGAAGCUAUCGCUGCAAAACAGAUUACUAGAAAACAUGGGAACGAGAGUAGUAGCUUGGUUCUAGUUUCCUCACCAAUCUGCAGAUCAGAUACCAUUUCCUGCCAAACAAAUAACCUGUAUGCACAUCCAGUUUCUUCGGCAACUGCAAAUGCAUCAACUGGAGGAUCCGAAUCUAUCUGUCCUCAUCAAGAUGGAAUAGAGCUUGGGUCUGGGUGUAUGGAGGAGGAUCGGCAUUGCAGUGGAGUCCAACAGCAUAGGAUGGAUGGUUCUUCAUUUGCACUGGAUGCUGUUGUGAACACUAAAGAACACAAGAAAUCAAAAAAGAUAUCUGAGAUGAAAGUAAGUGCUGCGAAUGGUUUGCAGGAGAUCAGCGAGAGUAGCGUUCAACUAAAAUCAAAUAUGGCAAGGCCCUGCACUGUAAGUAAUGCAGAAAAUUAUGGAAGUUAUAGAAAGUCAUCUUUUUGCUUUUCUGAGGACCAGCAUGAGAAGAAACAAUCAACGUUUAAGAAGUCCCUGCAGCAUUCUGGAAGCCCUAAGAGGUCAAGCACAUGUGAAAAGGACCGUAGACAUGAAAAAGAGAGAAAAGGGAAUUGUCACCUUAAUGAUGAUGAUCUUUUACUUUCAGCUAUCUUGAAAAACCGAUCCACUACCAAAUCAUCAGGUAUUAAGAGGAAGUCCUGUGUCCCAAAAGUUCCGAGGAAGUAUAAAGGUCCCAAAGGGAGCUGCAGGUUGCGUCCACGAAGUCUUACCAAAGGUGGGCAGCCUCACAUGGAAGGGAGGUGGUCCGGCCUUGGUGUAAGGACAGUAUUAUCCUGGUUGAUAGAUUUUGGGGUUAUUCGCGUUAAUGAAGUGAUCCAGUAUAGGAAUCCAAGAGAUGAUUCAGUGGUGAAGGAUGGUUUAGUUACCCGAGAUGGUAUUUUGUGUCGUUGUUGUGAGAAGAUGCUUUCUGUUUCUGAGUUUAAGAAUCAUGCUGGUUUCAGCCUGAAAAGCCCAUGCUUAAAUCUGUUUAUGGAGUCUGGAAAAUCUUUUACCUUGUGCCAACUGGAAGCUUGGUCAGGUGAAUACAAAGUCCGGAGAGGUGCCACACGAACUGUUGAGGUUGAGGAGAUCGAUGAAAAUGACGAUAGUUGUGGCCUGUGUGGUGAUGGGGGUGAGUUGAUAUGCUGUGAUAACUGCCCGUCAACCUUUCAUCUAACAUGCUUGUGUGUACAGGAGCUGCCUGAAGGCAAUUGGUAUUGUUCGAAGUGCUCUUGCUGGAUAUGUGGGAAUGUGGUCAAUGAUAAUGAGGCUUCAAGCAUGGGUGCUCUGAAGUGUUUGCAAUGCGAACAUAAAUACCAUGAGGAAUGUCUUAGAGAGAAGGAAAUGGAAAGAGAGUUGGUGCCUUCUACCCAGUGGUGCUGUGGGGAAAGCUGCAAGGAGGUUCACUCAGGGCUUCAAUCCCGGAUUGGGCUUAUGAAUCCCAUUUCUGAUGGUUUCUCCUGGACCCUUCUGAAAUGCAUUCAUGGUGACCAAAAGGUCCAUUCUGCUCAGCGUUUGGUUGCUCUGAAAGCUGAAUGCAAUCUGAAACUAGCUGUUGCUCUUACAAUCAUGGAGGAGUGUUUUCUUCCAAUGGUGGAUCCGAGAACAGGAAUUGAUAUGAUACCUCAUGUCGUGUACAAUUGGGGAUCAGAAUUUGCCCGUCUCAACUAUGAGGGGUUUUAUACAUUGAUAUUGGAGAAAGAUGAUGUGAUACUAUGUGUGGCAUCUGUAAGGAUCCAUGGGGUAGCAGUUGCAGAGAUGCCGCUAAUCGCAACGUGCAGCAAGUAUAGGCGCAAGGGAAUGUGUAGGCGCCUCAUGAAUGCUAUUGAAGAGGUGCUGAAGUGCUUCAAGGUUGAGAAGCUGGUGGUAUCCGCCAUCCCCAGCUUGGUUGAGACCUGGACAGAUGGCUUUGGGUUCACGCCCUUGGAAGUCGAUGAGAAGAAGAGCCUGACUAAAACCAACUUGAUGGUAUUCCCAGGGACCGUAUGGCUCAAGAAGCCCAUGUACCAAGGUGCUCCAACGGAAGCUGUAGCUUCUGACCCGAGUUCUAACCACGAGGAGGCUUCAUCUCCGGUGGAGAAGAUUACGCCUGUUGUUUUGCAAGAAGACGAAGAACCAAAGGUGUCAUCUGAAGCGGGUUCAAAAACGGAAGGAUGCUCGUCUGAAACGGGUUGUGACAUAAGCGGAACGACAACAGGGAACUAACUCUUCUUCCAAUAUGAGUCUCAACAAAUGAGCAAUAAAGUUUGUACAUUUGAGAAAGUUUUGCAGUUUAAGGAUCUGCCAAAUUUGAUGCAAAAUAGAACAAUGGAAGUUGCAUCUGUGCUGGCAUUUGUUUGUUGUUUGUUUAUUGAGGAAAAGGAAAUGUGUUAGUAUGUUGUACAAUUACACUUAGGGUUGGAUAUUUAGAGGAAGAUGCAAAUGGGAUGAGAUGAAUUGUGUUGUGUUG